AUGAUUCGUUACGCGUUAGCAUAUAAGAACUUCAAUCCUAACGAAACAUAUCCAGAAGAAGAAAAUGUGGAAUCAAGUUUUGAAUUAACAAAAAAGUAUUGGAAAUAUAAAAUUGAUUCAUAUAAGAAACAAGAUGAAAAAGCAGAAAGGGAUACUAAAAACAAUGUUUCAAUGGAUGACUAUCAAUACUAUCACGAUUUAAUCCUUUCAUCUAAAUGCAAAAUGUGUGGUAAAGCGUUUACAUAUGCUAAUAAACCAACAUUAGAUAGAAUCGAUAAUGAAAAACCACAUACCAAAGAAAAUUGUCAGUUAAUGUGUUGUUAUUGCAAUGUCGUAAAAUCAAAUAAAGAUGAAGAUGUUCAACGUUUAAGAAUCAAUUUAAGAAAUUAUACAUUAAAAAAUAAUUUACCAAUGACUCUAGAUUCAGUUGAAGCUUAUCACAUCCUCCGUAAUGGAAUUACUGGUGGUUUAUCAAAUGUUCAACAUAGAGUAAAUCUUAAAGGAAUCACGCACAUUAAUAAACUUUCAUAUAAUCCAGAAACUAAAACUGUAUCAAAUGAGGACACUUCCAACAUUAUGACUCAUUUCGUUGGUGUUGACUUUAAUUCAUUAUAUCCUUCAUCAUUUUCAUCUAAUCCUCAUGAUUUCAUUCAAUAUACUGACCAUAAAAUGUAUAUGCCGGGAAGAUUGAAUGGUGUUAUCAUUUGUGAUACAGCAACAAAGAAAGCAAAAGCACUGGGAAUAAUUAAGAAGAAAAAUACUUUAUUCGUGGCUGAAGUAAAGGGUCACAUUGAUGAAAAAUACAUUAAUGAUUACAUAAACUUUUUACCAAUAAGAAACUUAGAUAUUAUCACAGAUGAAAAAACAAUUGGCAGUUUUAUGUAUAAUUACAUGAAAUCAAACAAUCUACCAGUUGACCAGAAACAGAGAAAUUAA